ACCCGUUCAUCAAAGUGUGCAUCACUUCUGGGUCCAAGAAAGUGAAAAAGAAAAAGACGUCCACUGCGCAUGGGACCAACUCGCCGACUUGGAACGAAGCUCUGGUGUUCAGCGUACACAGAGAGAGCCUACGGAACAUCUCCUUGGAGGUCUCUGCCUACCACGACAACAAAAUCGGCGUGGACGAGGUCAUUGGGCGCAUCCGGUUGUCGCAAGACUCUGAGGACGGUCUGAGGUGUCAGGAGUUGUUGAGGGAGAACAGCACAGCGGCUAGGUGGUACAGUCUGUCUUAGAAUGGGUGGAUGGGGGC